AUGCCGUCGUCUGGUCUGGGAUGCUGGACGCUCGAAGCUGGAAAUAUCGUUCCUUCUGGCGAGGUCGGCGAGCCUGCUGCAGAGGUAAUGCCAAAAGGGUUGCUCCGGCCGGCCUGCUACGGGAGCCUAGCUGGCCAGGUUGCCCUGCUGGCCGGCCAGGCAAUGCCGCGUGACAAUGGUUCUCUACAGAGAUCUGCGGCUGGGAACUCUAACAACGGUGGAGUGUUUCAACGCGCGCGCCGCCCAUGCAUGCUCGCUGCACCUGCGCUGCCGCAUACUGUGUACAACCAUUUGCUUUGGUGGAGACGCAACAGUGUCAAGUGGUGCCCAGUCAAUUGCGAUGCGCAGGCGUCGCUACUGCAUGGAGGCGAUCUGCCCCAGGCUGCAACCGCAAAUCUCCUCCCACUGAACAAAGCGAAAUUGAGUCUUCUUCACCGCUUCCGAACCAGUGCCCUUGGCGAGGCUACGCAGUUAGCGGACGAAGCCAAGAUCAAUAUUUGCUAG